AUGAAAGAGCCUUCCAUCACUACUACCUUUGUUGAGGUUACAGACAAACUUCCUACAAAGCCUCCGUGCAGGGUGUUUUUCAAGAAUGAGUAUGAGCAGCCCUCCGGCAGUUUCAAAUUAAGAGGCAUGGGACACUUGGUUGGCCAGUCUAUAGAUGUGGCCAGAAAACUUGGCAAAUCGAACGUAGCAGUUUUUUCGUCAUCUGGUGGUAAUGCAGGAUUAGCAGCUGCUUAUGCCAGCCAGUUUUUUGGAGUAUCGUGCACUGUGGUGUUGCCUGAAAGUUCGAAGCCAACUGUUAUAGAAAAGUUGAAAUCCUUGGGUGCAGAUGUCAUUAUUCAUGGGAAACAUUGGGGAGAGGCCGAUAACUAUUUAACUGAUUUUGUUAUUAAAAAUCUUGACAAAACAGUCUAUCCGGUCUAUUGUCACCCUUUUGAUGACCCAUUGUUGUGGGAGGGUCAUAGUAAGAUCAUCACGGAAAUCAUCGAUCAAAAGCAAUUACCCAACUUUGAUAAAGUUAAGGGGGUCAUUUGUUCGGUAGGAGGGGGUGGCUUAUACAACGGAAUAGUUGAAGGUUUGGAAAAUCAUAAGGAGAUACCAGUGUUGGCAAUUGAAACUAAACAAGCGGCCACGUUUCACGAGGCGGUCAAAGAAGGUAAAGUUGUUCAUUUACAAAAAGUGCAAACUUUGGCCACUUCUUUGGCUUCGCCGUACCUUUCUUCCAAGGCAUUAGCAAACUAUAUUGAGCGUCCUACAGUUCUUGCUGAAAUUGAUGACUUGGACGCUGUUAAAGGUGUUGUUGAUGUAUACGACCAUUUCGGAUAUAUGGUUGAGCCUGCAUGUGGUGCAUCCGUUGCAUCAGUGAUGCACAGGCAAGAUUUAUUGAAUAAAUUUGGUACAUUAAGUCCAGAUGAUAUUAUCAUUGUUGUCAUAUGUGGUGGAUCGGCUAUCAACAAGUAUAUUAUAGACGAAUAUAGAAGUUUAUUAGAAAAAGACUCUUGA